AGGCCCGCAGGCGCCGGGCUGUGACGUCACGCCGCUCGCCUGCAGUCCAGCGUGCAGCUCGGCCUCCGCCGCCAGCGCCGCCCCGCCCGCCCCGGGCGUUUACGGUCACCAGGGCCAGGGGCGCACACGUGCCCUCGCGGCUGUGGAGGCGGGGUGUCGGUUCAUGGCCGGGGUCCGCAGGCUGCAGCUGGCAGAGGCCCUGGCGCUGGGGCAUGGCUGGCGGCACGCGUGCCACGCGCUGCUUUACGCGCCGGACCCGGGGCAGCUCUUUGGCCGCAUCCCGCUGCGCUACGCGGUGCUGGUGAGGAGGGGACGGCCGCCCCGCGACCCCGGCCCUCCCCGGCCCUCCCCUUCCCGGACGCCCAUGCAGCCCCGCAUCCGUCUCCCGCAGAUGCAGAUGCGCUUUGAUGGGCGCCUGGGCUUCCCUGGCGGCUUCGUGAACGUGCAGGACGGCAGCCUGGAGGAUGGGCUGAACCGCGAGCUGCGCGAAGAAUUGGGUGAGGCCGUUGCCGCCUUCCGCGUAGAGCGUGGGGACUACCGCAGCUCUGUCACCGGGUCCGGGCCGCACGUCGUCGCCCAUUUUUAUGCCAAGCGCCUGACGCUGGAGCAGCUGGUUGCAGUGGAGAAGGGCGCACCGCACGCCAAAGACCAUGGGCUGGAGGUACUGGGCCUGGUGCGGGUGCCCCUGUAUACCCUGCGGGAUGGUGUGGGAGGCCUGCCUGCCUUCUUGGAGAAUUCCUUUAUUGGAGCCGCACGGGAGCAGCUGCUGGAAGCAGCCUUCCAUAGACCCAAGGAACCUGAGAUCAGGACCUUGGUAAUGCAAAAGGAGGGAGAGGAAAGGGAUGUUUUCUUUUAUGGGCCUGGGCCUGAUAAAUGAUGAUAAAUUAAAAGAAAUAUGUGCAAUA